CAGGCUGUGGUGGAUGCUGUUCUGGCCAUCAGGAAACCCAGCGAGCCCAUCGACCUCUACAUGGUGGAGAUCAUGGAGAUGAAGCACAAAACUGACAGCGAUACACAACUGAUCAGAGGGUUGGUGCUGGAUCAUGGAGCCAGGCAUCCUGACAUGAGGAAGAGGGUGGAGGACGCUUUCGUUCUCACUUGCAACGUUUCCUUGGAAUACGAGAAAACAGAAGUGAACUCUGGGUUCUUCUACAAGAGCGCAGGCGAGAGAGACAAGCUGGUGAAGGCGGAGAGGAAGUUCAUCGGAGAUCGUGUGAUGAAAAUAAUCGAGCUGAAGAAUAAAGUGUGCGCAGAUACUAAGAAGGGCUUUGUGGUCAUCAACCAGAAGGGUAUUGAUCCAUUCUCUCUGGACGCGCUGGCUAAAGAGGGCAUUGUGGCGCUGCGUCGAGCAAAGAGACGAAACAUGGAGAGGCUGACUCUGGCCUGCGGUGGUGUAGCUAUGAACUCAGUGGACGAUCUGACGCCGGAGUGUCUGGGUCACGCUGGACUCGUGUACGAACACACACUGGGAGAGGAGAAAUACACAUUCAUCGAGAAGUGCAGCAACCCUCGUUCUGUGACGCUGCUGGUGAAAGGACCCAACAAGCAAACCCUGACUCAGAUCAAAGACGCCGUGAGAGACGGACUCAGAGCCGUCAAAAAUGCCAUCGAAGACGGUUCGGUUGUGGCGGGGGCCGGUGCGUUCGAGGUGGCUGUAGCUGAUGCUUUGGUUAAACACAAGCCCAAAGUGAAGGGCCGAGCUCAGCUGGGUGUGCAGGCGUUUGCUGACGCCCUCCUCAUCAUCCCUAAGGUUCUGGCUCAGAACUCCGGCUAUGAUCCUCAAGAGACUCUGGUGAAGCUGCAGAGUGAAUUCAAAGAGACGGGAGCGCUGGUGGGAGUGGAUCUGAGCACAGGUGAGCCCAUGAUUGCAGGAGAGGUCGGUGUGUGGGAUAACUACAGUGUGAAAAAGCAGCUGCUUCACUCCUGCACUGUCAUCGCCAGUAACAUCCUCCUGGUGGAUGAGAUCAUGAGAGCCGGCAUGUCUUCACUCAAAGGCUGAGUCUAUCAGCCAGAUCUCUGCCGUGGACUCCAGACUGUUGUCACUGUAUUUAUGAGCUAGGAAGCGUUUGCUGCAGUUAGUCGUGUUACAGAAGCACUGAAUUGCAAUACACACUUUUCUUUGUACCCAUUAA